AUGACCGUUGACCACUCAUUCCAGACCGUAUUCGCGGUGCCAUUGUCUUGUAAUGGCUGUGUCAAGACAGUUUCAGACUCAAUUUACAAACUCGGAGGAGUGAGCAAAGUCGAGGGAAGCUUGGAGGAUCAGUUAAUAUCCGUCGAAGGCUUCGCCGCACCGUCAGCCAUCGUUGAAGCCAUUCAGGCAACAGGGAGAGAUGCAAUCCUCCGUGGAUCCGGCGCAUCUGACAGCGCCGCUGUUAGCAUUCUUGAAAGUUUUACAGGGAAAUUGCAAAGGGAGGACGACAAUGGAGACCGAGAAGUGAGAGGAUUGGCGAGGAUGGUUCAGGUCAGUUCUGGGAGAACUCUUGUAGACCUGACUGUCCGAGGACUCGCGCCAGGCACGUAUCGUGCCACAAUACGCCAAUAUGGGGAUCUCAAAGAUGGGGCCAAGUCGACAGGACCUGUCUGGUCUGGAGAUCAGUCCGAACGUAAUGGUGUCUUGGGCGAGAUUAAUGUUGGUCAAGAUGGGCGAGGCUCUGCCUUUGUUGACCAUCCUUUUCGGAUUUGGGAGGUGAUUGGCCAUGCCAUGGUUCUAACACGACAAAAUGAGGCAGCUGGGCCUCUCGAAAAUGACGACAACACCGUGGUCGGAGUUAUUGCUCGGAGUGCAGGUGUAUGGGACAACGAUAAGACGGUAUGCUCAUGUACUGGAAAGACACUGUGGGAGGAGAGGAGGGACGAAGUCCGAAAGGGCAUGCUGUAG